AUUAUCUCAAGUGCGAGAGUUCGCAUAUGACGUCACGACUCUUUUUGCUUUCGCCCAAAAAAUAUUUUUCUGUCCGUUUCAACACAAAAUCGACCAGUUUUGGGGAUGAAAGAUGACUUCUCCCGAAUGUAUAAUGGAGACCAAUUCUCCAACUGAUGAUAAAUCGGAAAUUAAAAGGGUGCAGAGUGCUGCAGCCAUAGAGAGCAAGAAUAAGAAGCUCACGUCAACUCCUGACUAUGAACAACAACAGAAUGUCUGUAUGAAACACUUUGAUUCAUGGACAGAACAAGAGCAAGUCGACUUUGUAGAAAACCUGAUCUCACAUAUGUGCCACUACCAACAUGGGCAAAUUAACAGUUUCCUCAAGCCCAUGUUACAAAGGGAUUUCAUCUCUGCUUUACCAGGCAAAGGCUUAGACCAUGUAGCUGAAAAUAUAUUGUCCUUUUUGGAUUCCACAUCUCUCUGUGCAGCUGAGUUAGUUUGUAAAGAGUGGUAUCGAGUCAUUUCAGAUGGAAUGUUAUGGAAAAAAUUAAUUGAACGAAAAGUGUUAACGGACAGUUUAUGGAAAGGAUUAUCUGAACGAAGAGGAUGGGCAAAAUCUUUAUUCCGGCCACAACCUGGCGAAAAAAUACCAGAUCACAAAUAUUAUAGGGCACUUUACCCACAGAUAAUUUCAGAUAUAGAGCGAAUAGAAAAUAAUUGGCGCACUGGGCGUCACACCUUACACCGUAUUCACUGCCGGAGUGAGACGUCAAAGGGUGUCUACUGCUUGCAAUAUGAUGAUAACAAAAUAGUCAGUGGCCUCAGAGAUAACACAAUUAAAAUAUGGGAUUCUCAGACGCUGGAGUGUACGCAAGUGUUAACUGGCCACACUGGCUCUGUCCUAUGUCUACAGUAUGAUGACAAUAUCAUCAUUUCUGGAUCUAGCGACUCCACAAUCAGAGUGUGGAGUGUUAAAACGGGAGAGAUGUUGAACACAUUGAUCCAUCAUUGUGAGGCAGUGCUACAUUUACGCUUCAGUGACGGCAUAAUGGUCACAUGCUCAAAAGACCGUUCCAUUGCAGUUUGGGACAUGCAAUCCCCAUUAGAUAUAAAUCUCCGUCGAGUCCUCGUUGGACACAGGGCCGCAGUGAAUGUCGUCGACUUUGAUGAUAAAUACAUAGUAUCUGCAUCUGGAGACAGAACCAUCAAGGUGUGGAGCACAUCAACAUGCGAAUUUGUACGUACAUUAAAUGGUCACAAACGUGGAAUAGCUUGCCUCCAGUAUUGCGAGGGCAUUGUAGUCAGUGGGUCGUCAGACAACACAAUAAGAUUGUGGGACAUAGAAUGCGGUGCCUGCUUGAGAGUCUUAGAGGGCCAUGAGGAAUUGGUGCGAUGUAUCCGCGUAGAUAGGAAAAGAAUAGUCAGUGGAGCUUACGAUGGUAAGGUGAAAGUUUGGGAUCUGAAUGCUGCCCUUGACCCCAGAGCACCAGCAGGGACAUUGUGUAUACGCACAUUGGUGGAGCACUCUGGUAGAGUAUUUAGACUACAAUUUGAUGAAUUUCAAAUCGUCAGCAGUUCUCACGAUGACACAAUAUUAAUAUGGGACUUCUUAAAUGUUCCUCAACAGGAGAACGAUGAAAGGUCACCUUCCCGGACAUAUACAUACGUCUCCAAAUAACUGCCAUAUUGAUGAUGUCAUCUUCAUUAUCAUCUCCUGCCAAUUGUAUUCGUUUCUGUCGGAAUGGAAACCAGGAAUUCUGAUGGUCAUUGAGUAAUGCCGUUCAACUCAUUCAGCGCCAUUAGAUGUAGAUGUCAUACAUACAGAAAAUGUGAAUUAGUGAUUUGAAGUCACUUCUGUUGUGGUUGAAUGGAAAAUAUGUGCAUUUCUUUUGGUAAAGCUUUCUUGAUACAUUGCUGUACAUUUCAUGACAUGGUUUAUAUAUUUAUCACUUGGCCAUUGUGCGUAUCAAAUG